AUGAUCAUACUACUGAUAAAUAUAUCUUCUUUGGAAGCAGGCAAUGCAACUGCAGAUGAAUCGACAACGCGAAUACCUCAUCCGCAGCGAAUACCUCGCCCGCAGAGAAUACCUCGCCCGCAGCGAACACCUCGCCCGCAGAGAAUACCUCGCCCGCAGAGAAUACCUCGCCNACCUCAUCCGCAGCGAACACCUCAUCCGCAGCGAACAUCUCGUCCGCAGCGAACAUCUCGUCCGCAGCGAACAUCUCGUCCGCAGCGAACAUCUCGUUCGCAGCGAACACCUCGUCCGCAGCGAACACCUCAUCCGCAGCGAACACUGUAUCCGCAACGAACACAACGACUCCUACAUCAAAUUCCUCAAAGACGUUGCCAAUAA